AUGGUGUAAUAUAAAUAUUAAUUAAUCUUCCUCUUAGUAAAUUUUAGAAUGUAAACAAGAAAUUGGAGAAAGAAAAAAUAGAUUUUGGAAAAACUAACCAGAAAAAAUGAAGCAAGUAAUAGAGCGAUAAAUAAUUGAUAGUAACAUAGGCUAAAAAUGACCAGUAGUUAUUUGAUAGUAAUAGGGAAUUUUUCUAGAAGUUCUAGAAUUUCUAUGAAAACGUCGAGGAUAUAAUAAUUCCAUCCUUAUAGUAAAUUAUAUUUGUAUUCAGGUUUCUUUAAGAAUAAUUUCAUAUUUCUGAAUUAUUAACUGAUCAGCAAGUAUACUAAUUACAAAAGGAUUUACAUGAAUAAUGGACUCCAAAAUUAAGAAAAAAUUGGACUGAUUAGGAUAAAUAGAUUCUUAUUUGGAUUGUUUUAAAAAUUUGUUCAAGAGACGGAAUUAAUAUACGGAAAAUAGUAUAUUUUGAUAUAAUUUAAGCCUAAUAAAAUUUGGGAAGAGGUUGUAUAGUUGAUUAGUCGACGUACAGUUGAAUAAUGUAAAAAUAAAUGGACUGACUUAUUGAAAUUAUCAUUAUAAUAAAUUCCUUGGAUGGAAGAAUAAGAUAUAUAUUUGAUUGAUUUAAUAAGGUAAAUUUAAUUUUAAUAUAUUAGAAAAAGUAGAGAAGAAGGUAAAUAAAAUAAAUGGUGUAGAUUAGCUAAUUUACUCAAUUAAUAGUUUAAAGAAUCACCUAGAACUGGAAAACAAUGUAGAGAAAGAUGGAAUAACCAUUUAAAUCCUGAUAUCAAUAGACAUCCUUGGAAUCUUGAAGAUGAUAUUGAAUUAUUAGAAAUUGUAAAAAAACAUUAAAGAAAAUGGGCACUGAUUUCAAAAACAUUAAAAACUAAAAGAAGUGAAAAUGCAGUUAAAAAUAGGUUUAAUUGUUUACUUAAAAAAAAUCAUUGCACAUCAAUUACAACCCUCAUUAAUAUUUUAAAAAAUAGAUUUAAAACAGAAAAUCCUACUAUUCCUUUAUCAGCUCUUAAAAAAUAAAAGAUGCAAAAGUAUUAUCUAAAAGAUUAAGAUAAUUCAAAAAAAUAAUAAGAUAUAAAUUAAUUAAAAAAUCAAACAUUAUUUACAAUUGGAAUAUUUGAUAUUCAUACUUUAAGUAACUUGAAUAAUCUUCAACCAGCAUUUUAUAAUUCUAAAACACAAACUAUUAUAAUGAGCACUAAUACACAAAUAUAAACUUUCUUAAAUAAUUAAAAAAUUAAGGUUGAGAAUGAUUUAAAUAUCAAUUUUAUUAGUGAAAUGAAUAUUUAAUAACCAGAACUUUCAAAUCAUGGUUCUAGUAUCCUUAAUAUUAUUGAUUCUUCAAAUUGUGUUAGGUAUGUACCAUGUGUUAUCCCUAAUUUAGGAUAUCAAUAAUAAUAAAAAGAAGAUAAAAAGUAAAUUAUAAUUUUAAUUAUAGAUCUUAAUUUAAUAUUCCUGGUUUAAAAACCUAAAAUAAUCAAUAAUAGGCACUUUUAAGAAAUAAAAAUUGUAGUUCAUUCACAUUUUUUUCAAAUUAAUAAUAAAAUGAAUGUACAGAAAAAUCAAUUCAAAAUAAUAGUUCAUUAGAAUAGUAAGAUUAAAGUACAAUAAAUAAAUUACAAAUAGAAUUCACAUUAAAUGAAUGA